AUGUGUACUGAUAGACAAGAUGUAUCCGGAAAUGCGGGGCUCUGGGAUCAGGUGCUGGCCAUGGAGUGGGUUAAGAAGUAUAUUCAUAUAUUUGGUGGUAAUCCCAAUGAUCUGACAGUUUUUGGUCAAAGUGGUGGCAGUGAGUCCAUAAGCGCUCAUAUAUUGUCUAAUGUUUCCAAUGGAUACUUCAGUAAAGCUAUAUUGGAGUCAGCCUCAUGCCUGUCCAACGUUCAAAUGAGAUCCCGUUCCUACGCCACACGUGUCGCCCAUAGGUUUGCCUCAUUCAUGAACUGCGAGCCAACCCACGACUACAUCCAAUGCUUACAAAACAAAUCGGUUGUUGAGCUAAUCAUAGGCCAGAGCGCCGGUAUCCUGUGGAACGUCAACACACCGGAUGCCGCCCCACGAGCCCUGACCGCCUUUUUCCCAUUUUAUCUGUGCUUUGGUAAUGAAAUUAUACCCAAAAAUCCCAAUCAAUUACUACAAACGGGAAACUUUCGCCGAGACUUACGGGUGCUGUUGGGACACCAGACCAUUGAGGGGGCAUUCCUGGGUAUGGUCAUCGACAUAGUGUACGCCCUGUUUGGGAGGUAUAACCCAUCCGUGCCCUUCGUAUACGUUGAGAGACAACAAGUGUUUAAAAAUAUACAGAAUAUUCUGACAAAUAAGACAUUUAAUAGUAUUGCGGCUCAAGAAUACACCCAAACCUUCGCACCGGUAUAUAACGCGUUGGAUACGAGUCGACUACGGAGGGCUGGUAUGCACGCGAUUGGGGAUUACGGGUUGACAUGUGGGACGUAUUAUCUGUCGUACGCUAACAGUCAGUCCCCCUGUUAUGGGAGUGUGUGGUGUAACGGCCCCACGCACUGGGAUGAGAUACCACUGGUGUUUGGGUUUCCGUAUUUUCAAUCA